GUGUGUUUGUGUGUCAAUCAGUAUGAAUUCAUCUCUAUUCCCUUUCUCCAUUGGUUGUGGGAUGGUAAUGAGGUCAGCGAGGCUCCGCCCAGUGGGAGGAGUCACAGGGAGACAUUAGAGAGCAAGACAUCAAUCAGCUGUGGAUCAGAUCGUCUACUGCUCUGUGUGUGUGUGUGUGUGAAGAAGACGUCAACACCACACCUGCAGACAAACAUCUCCAUCUGUCUGUGUGUGUGUGUGUGUGUGUGUGUGUGUGUUUCUCUUUCUCUGGUCAGCGAGUGUGUGAAUGGUGGAUCAGAUGAUGUGGUCUCUCCAGACUCUGCGGCUGCUGCUCGGCAUCAUGGGAUUCCUGCUGGAGGUCAGCUCCGCAGCUGCAUCUGAGGAUCAGGAUUAUUACCUGCAGGAGCUGCGCAGUCGAGAGCAUUACCAGCGCGGUCUGCAGGCCGGAGACACACACACCACACACACACCUGCAGGAGGAGACCAGAACACACUCCUGACGGCUGAUCCACAGUCAGUGAAACCUGCGCACAGAAAGAGUGAGAAGAGCAGGAAAGCAGUGAAGGACAGAGGCAGGGAAGCGGACGGUUCAUUUGCUUCUGAAUCAGAAGACUGUCCUCCGCUGGGUCUGGAGUCUCUGAACAUCGAUGACUUUCAGCUUCACGCGUCCAGCAUGAGACACUACGGUCUGGGGCCGCACCGGGGCCGGCUCAACAUACAGGGUGGUCUGCUGGAGGAUGACCUGUAUGGCGGAGGCUGGUGUGCGGGACACACUGACCCGCUGCAGUGGUUUGAGGUGGACGCGCGCAGACUGACGAAGUUCACUGCUGUGGUCAUUCAGGGGCGGAGCUCACUGUGGUCGAGUGACUGGGUGAGCUCAUAUAAAGUUCUGUUCAGUAAUGAUUCUCACAGCUGGGUGACACUGAAGAACGGCUCCAGAGACCUGAUUUUCUCUGGGAAUCGGGAGAAGGAGAUUCCGGUUCUGAACACGUUCCCGCGAGCGGUGGUGGCGCGGUACAUCCGGAUCAACCCGCGCUCCUGGCACAGCGGAGGAGGAGUCUGCAUGAGGGUGGAGAUCAUGGGCUGCCCGAUGCCAGAUCCAAACAACUAUUACCGGCGCCGGAAUGAAGUGACGACCACAGACAACCUGGACUUCAAACACCACAGCUAUAAGGAGAUGAGGCAGCUGAUGAAGCUGGUGAAUGACAUGUGUCCUAACAUCACUCGCAUUUACAACAUCGGUAAAAGCUUCCAGGGCCAGAAGCUGUACGCCAUCGAGAUCUCAGACAACCCAGGAGAACACGAGCUGGGUGAGCCGGAGUUCCGCUACACCGCCGGUGCUCAUGGGAAUGAGGUGUUGGGUCGAGAGCUGCUUCUUCUGCUGCUGCAGUUCAUGUGUCAGGAGUAUCUGAGCGGAAACACUCGCAUACGCCACCUGGUGGAGGAGACGCGCAUACACCUGCUGCCCUCAGUCAACCCCGACGGACACCAGCAGGCCUACGAGGCGGGCUCGGAGCGCAGCGGCUGGUCUCUGGGCCGCUGGAGUCUGGACGGUCUGGAUAUUCAUCAUAAUUUCCCGGACCUGAACUCUGUGCUGUGGGAAGCAGAGGCGAGGAAAUGGGUCCCGCGCAGAUUCCACAACCACCACGUGCCCAUCCCGGACUGGUACCGCUCCACCAACGCCACUGUUGCCGUGGAGACGCGUGCGCUGGUGUCGUGGAUGGAGAAGAUCCCGUUCGUGCUGGGGGCGAAUCUGCAGGGCGGAGAGCUGGUGGUGUCGUUCCCGUUCGACCGCACGCGCUCAGUGACGGCGCUCCGCGAGGCCACGCCCACUCCUGAUGACCAGGUGUUCCGCUGGCUGGCGUUCGCCUACGCCUCCACACACCGGCUGAUGACGAACGCCGGACGCCGCCUCUGCCACACACAUCACUGCGCCAGCGAGGACGGCACCAUCAACGGAGCGUCCUGGCACACCGCUGCAGGAAGUAUGAACGACUUCAGCUACCUGCACACCAACUGCUUCGAGCUGUCGGUGUACACCGGCUGUGAUAAAUACCCACACCAGAGCGAGCUGCCGGAGGAGUGGGAGAACAACCGAGAGUCACUGCUGGUCUUCAUGGAGCAGGUGCAUCGUGGGAUUAAAGGUGUGGUCAGAGACGGUCAACGUAAGGGAAUCGCUAAUGCCACCAUCUCUGUGGAGGGAAUCAAUCACGACGUGCGCUCAGCGUCUGACGGCGAUUACUGGCGUCUGCUGAACCCCGGAGAGUACCGCGUGACGGUGCGGGCGGAGGGCUUCAGCUCCAGCAGCAGAGUCUGCACCGUGGGCUACGCUAACACCGCUAGCAGCUGCGACUUCCAGCUCAGCAGAUCGAACCAGCAGCGCAUCAAAGAGAUCAUGAGGAGGUUCAACAAGCAGCCAAUCAGCAUGAGGAGCAGACCCAGGCACUGACAGAGUGUGUGUGUGAGGUGAAGACUAAAGCAGAGACACUAAGAGAGAGAGAGUGUGUGUGUGUGUGUGUGUGUGUGCAUGUGCGUGUGUUAUAAGAGAGUGCUGUAUAUAAGGUGUGUGUGGUCUGCGCUGAUGUUUAUUGGCUGUACUAUAUUUAUGCAGUGUGUGUCUCCAGUGUGAUCUGUGCAGGUGAAGGUGUGUUAUCAUCAUAGAGCACACACGUCUGGACUGUUCAGCCACUGACUUGUGUUAGGAGAUGAUAGACGUGCGUAAUCAGACACACACACAUGUGUAAUCAGUCAUCACGUGUAGAUGAAUCAGCUGGUUUCUCCCAGUUCCUGUAACUCGUCCUGAGCUGCAGCUGGUGUCCUCCUCAUGUCUCCUCAUGUCUUGGUUUAUAAUCGUGAGCUGAUUAAAUGUUUAGGUGUAA